CUAAAGAGCAAGGACACAUCUCAGAGGUGAGAACACGCGUCAUGACGGGCCAGAGUGGAAAAGAAGUUGACUUGUCACGGAAAAAGACGCGGGGGGAGGAAUAAGCAGCGUUCCACCACAAAGUGGAUCCGGAGGGGAUAAAUUAAGGAUCGGGGAACCAAGAUGACACAGCAAGAGGAACCUCUGUAUGAUUUUCCAGAGCCGGCCUCACUGUUAGAGCGGAAGCAUUUAGGGCAUCAAAGAGGAAGAGGCUCCCUGAAAAGCAUCAACGUACUGGACCGCCUCCUGCUCACUGUUCCCGUCUGGCUGCAGCUGUCAAUCAACCCCGCCACUGCACUGCACAUACUGCAGCGAGAGCCCCCUGGGACAUUCCUGGUACGUAAGUCUCGUACAUCCAAGAAAAGCGUGUUGUGUGUCCGUUUAGCAGAUGACAGUAUGCCAUCCUUCGUCCAGCAGUUUGGAAUCACUGAGGAAAACUCCACUAAUACUCUGUCUCUGGAGACAUCUGCCAUCAGCUUUCCAGAUCUCCCAAGACUAAUAUCUUUCUACUGUGUUAGCAGAGACAUAUUGCCUUUCCCUUUGGAGCUCCCUGAAGCCAUUGCAAAGGCCACGUCCCACAAAGAGCUUGAGUCCAUCUCUCAUAUGGGAAUUGAAUUCUGGAGGUCCCAUCUAAAUAUUCGUGGGCCUCGGGAUGUGGUGAAACCCCAAAAGGAUGAGAACCAGCAACAUCAGCAGCAGCAGCAGCCAGACUCUACUGCUGCAGCACAGACCAGUUCUGAUUCUGCUGCCCAGCCUCACGCCAGUAACCAACUCAGGACAGUCCCUGAGUCAGACACGGGUGGCAAACGGGCAGCUUCCAGUCCCACUGUGUUCCAAACGUUCUGUCCCAUCACGACGCGCAGCCCCAAAGAGCUGGACUGCGGCUCCGGCCUGGGCGCCCUCUGUUUCAUCAACCCCCUUUUCCUUCAGUCUCAGGACCCGAUGUCCAGACGGCGCAUGUUCCAGCGCAGCGCCAAGGUUCGGGUCUCUACAGAAACGGAAACUCUCUUAUCUCCCCCAAUGGUGCCACCACCUCCACCGCCACUAAUGCCCAAAAAGCGGCAGUGCAAAGCCCAGAAAGCAGGACAGGGCCUUUUGCCGUGCCAGAACUCAUGUCAGCUCACUCAGAACGAGUUCUUCAGUCAGGACACUGAGCCCAAACCUGUGACACAAACACUAGAUGAUUCCCAGGAGGCAGAACUUCAGCCUCCACCAGCAACUACUCACUUCCAGCCCGAGCUGAAGGAGCAGGACCAAGGUAAAGCUCAAGCUGGAUCGGAAGAACUACGAACAGAAACAGAACAACUCCUGGACGACUCUGACUACAAGCAGCCGUCAGCCAUUAUUUCUUCCCAGUCGCCGUCACUCUCUCCUUACUUGUCACCUAUGGCACCCCCCCCUUUCCCCAAAAACUCGGCGUGCGCUUCACCCUCCCUGUCGCCUCAUCAGUCGCCGUCUCCGUCCCGUCAGGUCCCCUUCUCCCUGUCUCCCUUCACCUCUCCAUCCUUUCCUCGCCUGACCAAGGAGCAUUAUUGCACAGCAAACACUCAUUCAAGCACAGAUCAGCAAAACGUAGAGUGUGAACCUGAGGAAGAGGCAGCAAGUACAGAUGAACUUAAGGGUGAGGACACUGAACCAAAUAAGGAGCUGGAAAAAACAGAGGAUCUGGUUUUACACACGAAUGCCUGUUGUAUUAAUAAUAGUCCUUCAUGAUGUAAUGAAGCCUGGUUUAGAUUUAGUGCUAAUAUAUUCACAGCAUCCUGAACCUUCGGUAGGAACUAAACUUUGUGUAUAUAAAGGUUUUUACUGCUUUAAUCAUGUACACAUUGUGUUAACUGUAACUGGAAGGUAUUUCCUAACAUCCACUUUGUUUGUAUUUGAAGGGAUUGUCCUGUACAGUCGCUGUACUUUUUAAUGUAGCACCUAGAUCAGCAAAAGCUGAAAUUUCUUUUUGCGUCAAUGUAAUGACUCGUGUGUAAACACCCGCUUCGGAUGUUAUCAGCCAUUACGAAUGGGCUGAUCAGAACUUAUUAGCGCAUUCGAAUGGGCCAGUAGGUGCCUGCUCUGCAUGAAAGUCUCAUCUCAGUUGGAGCUCUUU